UAUGGCGUGGCUCAUUAAGCUUACUUGCUAUUCCGAUUUCAGAAGGGUGUGGUUUCAUUCUAUCCUGUGUAUGUCUGUCUUUUCUAUCCUACGUAUCUGCCCUUUCUAACACUACAAAACACAACUAAUCAUCCAAGCAUCAAUCAAUCAUGAAGGAACUGGGCCAUCUCAAACUCGUUCACUUUUUUGUCUCAGCCACCUUCGGUGCCAUCAUACCAUACCUACCGGUGUUGUUUAUCUGCAGUGGGGUCGGUUUUCUCAAAAGUGGUAUUCUCCUUUCGCUCCCGCCACUGAUUGGGUUAGUGUCGCGACCCCUUUUGAUGUCGAUGAUUGAAAAAUUUGCGUUUUUCAAACCAAGUUUGGUCAUCGGAAUAGCACUGAACACAUUCGUACUGCUUUUACUUCAAACCAUUCACUCUGAUAUGCAAUGUUUUGAAACUCCUUCGACGACUAAAGUUCAGGGACUAAGUGAUAAGUUUUGCUACUUGCAAACUGGGGACGAAAACUUGAGUUGUAAUUACAACUUCAGUGUUAUUUCGGACAGAAGCCAAGAUCCUAAUUACAACAAUCGAGUUAAUUUGAACUGCUGUUUUUACAGCAAGAAAGUUCCAAGUGGUAACCAAAAAUUACAAGACCAAUGCUUUGCGCCAUCAACCAAUAAUAUUAGCGGGUUAUUCUAUCCAAUUGAGAGUCAGCAAAUUUCAUGCAAAAGAUGCAGCGAUGUUUUCUCCGAUGAUCAAAUUGUUUUCUCCGAUAUCCAAAACAAAACUUGCGAUCGCCAAACCAAAGCAACCAAUCAGAAUCACUCAAAUCCAUUCACGCAGUAUGCGGUUAUAAUGACAGCCUACAGUGUUUAUUCAUGCAUCAUAUUACCAGUUUUGGACACUUUGUCGAUGCAAUAUUGUAGAAAUUUACCUGACUCUGAUUUCAAUAUGCAGAAACUAUGGGCAACCGCUGGUUUUGGUGGAGCCGCAUUUUUAUCCUCAAUUCUUCUUUCAUUCUCAGAAUACGUUAAAUCAUUAUCUAUCUUCAAUGGGUUUGCGCCAUUCAUACCAUUUUCAGUGUUUUCAAUCAUCUGCUUAAUCUUGACAAGCUACUUCAAGUUUCCACAACCUACACCUACGGCACAACUGAAUUUCGGCCUGAACACUCUAAUACAAAGUGGAGAGUCUCUGGUCUUCGUAAUCGUGAUGACGAUUCUCGGAUGCUUACAAGGCAUGCACAGCGUUUUCUUCGUCCUGUACCUACUGCAGCUAGACGCAUAUUUUAUUUAUAUAGGCAUUGCAUUUAGCAUGUAUGCGUUGCUGGAUCUAGUUUUAUACUUCAGUCGUAGAAAGUUAGUUUCGUUAUUGGGACCAAGGGCGGUUAUUUACUUCGCGCUCUCAACUUACUUCGUCCGGUUUUAUCUAUACAGCUGGGCAUCGAAUGCUCUUAUUAUUUUGCCAGUCGAAUUAUUGCACGCUAUUUGUUUUUCGGCAAUGUGGUACGCGUCAAUUGACAUGGCGUCCCAAAUUGCGCCUAUGGGAUUGAGCGCCGCGUUUCAAUCAAUGGUUUCAAACUCCUAUUGGCACGUCGGAGUUGGAUUAGGAGCUGUGAUUGGUGGAUUUCUGUACGAGGAAUUCGGUUGUACAGUUCUGUGGAGAUCAGCAGCUUUUGCAGCGCUGGGAACUGGAAUAUUAUACGUUAUUUUUACUCAUAUAUUGCAACCGUUCUUGUCAGGACGAGGAUGCUUCCCGGCUUCAGUUGCGGCGGAUACUCAAGAUUUUUUUGAAGAUGACCUCGAUGACCUUUUGGACAAUGACAUUGCACCGUUCCAGAACUUCACUUCAGACGAAGAGUACCUGAUAUUGGACGCUCCUGGAGACUACUCAAUUGUAAACAGCAAAGGGGAGAAGUUUGUCACUCCGGAAAGAGAUCCCACGGGUGAAACUAUUGCGGCUGCAAACAGAGGUCAGCUGAAUCAAACACUGAAUGCAGCGGGUCGCCAGAGUCAAGCGCCGCCUGGCAAUGGGCUAAUCGUUAACAGGGACGAUAGAUUUACAAUUGAAGAUAUAAAUGUCUAAAAAUAUGAAUUUUUAAAAUUGUUUUGCAGUAUAUGCGAAUUUUAUGUGCUAAUUUCCUGUGCAACUAGAUUUAAUUAAAGGGCAAUAUUUAUGUAGAUGUUAAGUUGUUUUAUUUGAACCUUCCGUCGAUGUUUUGAAGUUAAUCAGAACUCAAGUGUUUGGUGUCUUAUGCAACGAACUAAGUGGCUGGUUUUCUUGUCUUUGGAUAAUGAAACAAUACGCUUGGAUCAAAUUGCGAUGAAAUGAGGAAUACCUGAAAACAUCUUAACAAUUAAGGGAAACUUGCACUACCUCAAGUACACCUUAACGUACCUAAAACACCUUAAAAGUUAAGGUGUAUCAGCCUUGAAAAAUACCCUAAAACUGUUUUUACAGGUAAAUUUACCGUACAAAAGUAGGUAAAAUACCUAUUUUUACCGUAAGUUUA